GCGUAAUUUUGAUUUUUUGGGGUAUAAUAAGCCAAAAUAUAGCUAUUCCAACAGAAUCGCAAGUCACUACAGUGAUUUGUGUACUGAGUUUCCGAAAUGAAUUGAGUUGGUUGAUGUGUAAACAAGGUACUGUAGUGGGUUGAAGGUGUUUACAAACACACACAUAUAAACACACACUUAUAAUAAAACGUGGUAUGUUCUUUCUGCAGCAUCAUACAGACAACCUGUCUAAAAGUUUUGGUAUACUUACCUCUUAAAAAAUGAUAGGGAAUAGAAGACAUUAUUUUUUUCUGUUAAAUUCCACUAAGUGUACUAUGAAUGAAUUUAUCAUUGAUUUUUUUAAGGAUGAUAGAUAUACAUGUACCAGCAGUGCUUCAGUAACACCUGAAACCAGUAAAAUGACAGUCCAAAGCAGUGUCCCCAAGAAUAAUAACAAAGAAGGAGAAAGAAUUAGCAGUUGUGCCAAAGGGAAUGCCCAAAGCAGCAUUUCUCACAAUGCCAACACUUAUGAAAGUAGGACUGUGAAACUUCUUGAAAGCAGUUCGAUUGAGGUGGAUAAAGCAAAUCUGAAAAAGGCAUCAUCCUUGAUCAAAAAGCACAAUAAUCCAGGCUAUGCUCUAUGCCCCAAGGUGAUACCCCUGCUGUUUACAGAUGAGGAACUGGCAUUGUCCAGGGGACAGGGUCUCAUUAAGACCAAACAUGGUACCCUGAGGCCGUACAAGGAGAAGGUACAAGUGAUGAAAGACUAUGUACAAAGUUGGUGCUCAAAGAAUGGCUUCAGUGUUCCAUCACACGCCAAACUAAAUGAUGGUGUUACAGAAAGAAUUGCGUACAGUAGGAAACUUCUGAAAAAGAAGUCAAGUAAUUAAUGAAAUGUUGACGUUCACUUUUGAUUGUAAUUAAUUUGGGUCAUCAUUUAAGAACUCUAAAAUGUAUUUCAGUUGUCAAUUAUGUGUGACAUAUAUUUGAAUUUUAACAUUUUACUAAUCACUGGUAGCUUGCAUGAUUAACAAAUAUUUUUCUGGAUAGUAAAAUAUGAAGAAAAAGUUGCCUGUAUGUAUUAAACUGUCUUUAAGUAAAAAUCUUUCAACAGACAUUGCAAAAACUUUGUGUUGAACCGUUAUGAUGAAUUAUGUAUAGGAAUGUACAUGCAUAUGUACAUAAGCAUAUACAGAGAAAUGUAAUAGUAUGUAAUUUUUUAUACUGUUUUUUUUUUUAAUGUGUAAUUCUGUUUUUAUUAUGCAAUAAUGUUUCUCUCUUGUGAACUUGUACCAUAGGUUUUAUAUUUUCAUGUACCAUCUUGUUGCCCCUUAAUUGGUAAAUAAAUAGAUUAUUAGUUCAUAUUAAUACAGUUGGACUCUUUUGUGUUAAAAUUGGUUCUUAUGAUUAUAUUUCAUUUUUACUCUAAUCUAAUUUUAGCCAUUUUGGUUUUGAUUUUAUAGCAGGUUUCAAUACAGGCGUAUUUUAAUACAGGCAUAUUAUUUUCAAGACGUAUUAUUUUGCCAGGCGUAAUUUAUUUAAGCAGGAUUGCUUAGUCUAUAUUAUUCUGUAAUUCUAUUAUACAGGCGUACAAAAUUUCCAGGCGUAUUUCAAAAUUUUCAGGCGUACUCAUUUGCAUGUUUAUGCCAAAAAUACGGUAGGGGUACACCACUUGUACACCAGUUUUUCACAUUUUACGCCUGUAUUUUGUCUUUCAAUGUAACUAAGAAUUAAACUAGAAUUUAAGAUACUUGUAGGCCUGGAAAAUUUUGAAAUUACGGGAGUAAAAUUUCGUACGGGUCUUCUUCUGUAGGUGACCACCCUCAUCAGUCAGAUGUAGAGUUGAAUGGUGGAUAAUCAGAUAAAGGAUCUGGUUCUGUUGUUGCAGUGAUUGAGUUUGUCCUUGAAGAUGCACAUGCAGGUGAAUUAUCUGACUAUGCUAACUAUGGCAAUAGUUGUUGGAUAUUG